UAUAUAUAUAUAUAUAUAUAUUCCCCUGUUAUUGAAUAAAAAGCUUUCUGAACAAGAAGUAAGGCUAGUUUGGUUUGAUCAACUGCCAUAUCUCAGUAACUUUUGGGAAGUUUUUGUAAAUAGAUUUGAUCAGCUUGCAGGGAAUUUAGGUUAAAAGGAAGUUAGCAUAGUUACUGCUGCAACAUAUUUCUCUGCAGCAAAGUUAGUUGACAAGCCCUUGGAUCAAAACUUAGUUAUUUUUAAUUUUGUCAGAAUGCUCCUUUUUUUAUUUCUAUAAUCUGGAAUGCACUCCUCCCUUCAUUUAUAUGAUAAAACAAGAAACUGAACAGUUUCAGUCAUGUACAGAUUAAUUUAUGUAUUUAUUUAUUUAUUUAUUUAUUUAUGGUAUAAUUUUAUACUGAAUUUCAAUUUUCUGUUCAAAUAUUUAACAUAUUUUUAUGUUUUAUGUUCAAUUUUGAAUUCAAUGGGAAAAAAAAGUAUAUGGUAUAUAGGUAUACGUUUGACCUGAAGUGCUCAUAACUGUUUUGUAGUAUGUUUGAUACUUUGUAAAGGUUUUGUACUAGGAUAUAGUCCUCUGUAUUUUUACGUAAAUCUGUUCAAAAUGUACCUGUUUGUAAUUUGUGGAAAUUGUAUUUACACUUACAGCAUAUUAGGCAGACAUUGUGUAGUUUUUGAAUAUUACAAAAUCCAGACUGCUUUUUCUAAAAAAAAAAAAAAAAAAAAAAAAAGAAACUUAAUUUAUUUUUCAAACUUGAUAAACAGUCUGUUGUAUAGACUUCAGUUUCUAGUUUAUUCUUGUCUGCAUGCAAACUUACAUUUUGGUCACUGUGUGAUGUUAACUUCAGCCCUUAACCACAUAUACAAAUGUGUUAUUUUUACAACCUGAUAUUGAACUGAGCAAUAUGAAAUGUUCGGUCAUAUUCACAAAGCUUUAACUCAUCGGUUAUUACAAUAAAUACAAUUUUAGUCAGGAAACUGAUGUAGAACAAUGUUGGGUUCUUUAACAGUUUGGACAAGAUUCUUGAAUAUCCAAACUAAUUUUGACCUUGAAAAAAACGUGAAGCUUUGUGAAUAGGGCCCAUCAAGUCUGACAUCAGGUAUUUUGUUACGUUUUUGAUCAAUACCAGAAGCAUUUAAGGGCUUGUUGAUUUUUACACCAUGUUCUGUUAUUGAGAAGCAAAUUAAAGAGCUUACAUUUUACAUAAUUAGUCUUUUGAUCAUUGCUAUCCAAUGGUUUCUUUCCAACCUAUACAGAACUUGACAACAUGUACACUGUUUAUCUUUCUGUAAGUUUGUUGUCAGAUGGUACAGUUUAUGAGAACUAUUUCCCAAGCAAACAUCCAUCACAGGAGAAAAAGCAAUACAUAGAAACACAAGAUAAUUACCAUCAAUAGAAACUAUGUAGAUAGCUGCUGCUACUAUAGAUCCAUUCUCUUUUAUGAAUCAAAUAAAGUUUGUAAUAUCAAACUUUAUUUGAUUCAUAAAAAUAGUGGCACCAUCAUAACUUCUGAUAUUUCAUUUGGAAGAAUACAGACUGUCAGGAUUUCAUUAGAUUGGAACUUUGUUUUCAUCAAAAUAAACUGAUAAACCCAUUUAAAGUGUAUCUGCUGAUACACCUCGUCUCAGAAUAUUUGUCUCAGCUAAAUGAACUACAGUGUUCUGUACAUUGCAAAAGGUGUGGCAUAGUUAUGUGUUUUAUUUAGACUUAAGUAUUAACAAUGGAUUUCAAUUAUUUACAUUUUUGUUUAGUUUAUUGAGGACACUUUAGAUCCUAAAGAACUAUUACAAGAAUUAUCAAGCCAUCAUUUAGCAGAUUUUGCUGACUGAAACUUUCAUUAAUUUUGAGUUUGAUUUCUACAAAUAUACUGGUGCCAAAUUCACAAAGAAGCACAAUGAAACAUUAAAACUAAAACUCAGAAACUGUAAUUCAACUACUCUACACCCCCAUUUAGUAAGUAAAACUGAAUGUACUAAACUCAACAGUACGAAUGAAUGACAUAAUUAAUGUAGUGCCUGAUAUAUCUUUAAGAUAAGUUAAAUGUUUAGUGAAACUAAACAUUCUGUAGUAGUAAACUAAACUGAAGUGUGUACACGAUAUACCUUUGUGCUGUUAGUUUUAAAUAGCAAUAAUAUACUGUAUCAGUCUUGCAGGCUGCACAUUGUGGUUCUGAAAUAAAGUAGGAUAUUUUUUGUGUGUUUGUCUUAAAGCAGCAUAUUUUGAUCAUAUGAAGAUUAAAGUUGGAUCUAUCAAACGGCUAGACACUCUAAUAUCAGGCCAAUAAUUUGGGUAUGCUGCCUCCUGUUCUCUUUUCUCCUUGCCCUAUGUCCGAAAUGUGAAGCAGCAAGGUAGUUAAACUAUAAUCUCUGUUAAAACAAUCUGUGGUAUAAAAUAUUUGCUCAAUCCUGACAUAGACUUGCAAAAACUAACCCUAAAACACCCUUUUGUCAAUCUUACCCUUCCUGAUUUUACAGUAUCACAGGAAGAAAAAAAUAAUAAUUAAAUGCUGGGUUUUGACUUGCAUAUGCUGGAACAGGAAAUUUGAACAAGACAAACUUUCAGACAGAACUCAGUGUUGAGCCAGUUACUAGACAAUCAAAUUACAAAUCCAAUUUAGUUCAGGGGUUUAAGUCAGCUUUUAUAGGAGGUAUCUGUCCUUGCGUUUGCCAUACUUUAGAGCUUUGCAUGUAUCUAGUGAAACGUUUGUCCAGUUGUGAUGAAGAUUACCUCCCCAAUUUAGAAUGUGUCCUUGAUCAGAAGAAUUGGUCACCCAGGAGAUUGACAGUGGAUGCCGAUAGGCUACUGGCUUCUGGAAGGCAAAGGCCAUACAUACCUGCAGGUAUCUGCUUGAGCUCACCAGGAGCCUGGCCAGUAGAGGACACUAUGUGUGAAACAGACACUGCUGAUUUAACUUAACCCCACCAGGCUGUGUGUUUGUACUGUAUGUCAUACUUACAGUAAUUCUGAAACUACUGAGAAUUGCUUAUAAAUCAUGAAGAAACUUUGGUUUGAACAUGUGGGGUUAUAUGGAUCUGUCAAUAUGUGUUUAUGUCAAAUGUAUUUUCUGUGGUAAAUACAAGAUAUGAGUAGUAGAUUUAUUUUAUUUACAAACUUAAUUUAAAAACAUUGUAUCUGUUCGAAGUGAGCCUUGUAGUUUACAGCACAGCAAGUUGGUACAAUGGAAGCAGCUUUGAGCUCUUCUAAUCCAUGUUGUAUUUCAAACUACUUUAGCAGUACAAUAAAUAUUUGUACUGUCCUGUUUACAGAUUUAAAGUUUAAUAAGGCUGGGCGACAAUACUUCUUUUUAAAUCCCUCUAUGGAUGUUUCCAAAGCGAGUUGUUUUUGGAGGAGCUUAGCACACCCACUAAGCAUUGUAUUAAAUGAUGGUCCCUAGUCAGUAGCAGCAAGAACUCCAGCAGAAGAACAAUCCUCACCUGCUUUUGCAGAGAAGAAAUACCUGCUGUUUGAAGAGUAUCUGCUUAUAAGAACAAGUAAGGGCUAAAUAAACCUUCUCUUAUGAUAGAUUGACAAAGGGCAGGAGGUAUUAUUAUUAUUAUUAUUAUUUUACUGAAUACCAGUACAUAACUCAUCCAGGUUUAUACAAUGGAACAGAAACAGCAAUGGUUUUGAAAUGCUCAAAAUGUCAUAUUUCUUUUUUAUUGCAUUGUUGUAUAAAUACUGUACAACAGGGUUACCAUCUCCUAAGCAAUACAGAAAAAAUAAAUGUAUAUGAAAGACAAGAAGAAACAUAGAAAAAGAAAAGUCCAGAUUUAUCAGAUUUGUCAGCAUUUAGGAAAUGUUAAUUGCGGGGGUGCACACACAUACUGUAAUUACAAAUAAUAAUUGGUUUCCUUGUUUGUUAUGACCCUUCUUUCUUGGUAUCUCCUUGUUUUCCUCUAGAAGAUUCACCAUGAAAAUAUUCUUUAUGUUUGCUUGUUUGGCUCUGUACUUCCAACUGGUCAUCUGUGUUCACAAGGAUCUGGAGUCUGAAUGGCAGGCCUGGAAGGUGACCUACAAACCACAAUACACCAGGAUGAAUGAGGAACAGAAAAGAGCCACAUGGGAAUCAAACUACAAGAUGAUCCAACAAAACAAUCAGCAUGUUCAAAGAGGGAGAAAAACAAUCACAAUGGGCAUGAACAAGUUCGGAGACUUGACCUCUGAAGAGUUUACUGUGAUGCUGGGUCUGUUUCAGAAGAAUACAGGAAGGGCUGCGGUUUUGUCCGCCGAACAGCUCCGCACCACUGCCAGCAAGCUGAACUUAAACAGCAUUGAUUACAGGACCAAAGGCUACAUCACUCCAGUAAAGGAACAGGGUGAAUGUGGAUCCUGCUGGGCAUUUACUGCUGCAGGAGCUCUUGAGGGGCAGAUGUUUAAGAAGACAGGCAAGCUAGAGUCACUGAGCGUACAGAACCUGAUUGACUGCUCACGGCCCCAGGGGAACUAUGGAUGCCUUGGAGGGUUGAUGGACGGUGCCUACAAGUAUAUGCUGGCGAGCAAUGGGAUCCAAUCAGAGGCUUCCUACCCAUAUAGGAUCCAGGAUGACCUUCCCUGUUCAUUUAAUAGCAGCAAAGUGGUUGCCAAAAUCACUGGUUACAACUAUCUUCCGUUUUAUAACGAGCAGGCACUGGCUGAUGCAGUAGCAGUUUUUGGGCCAAUUUCAGUAGGAAUUGACGCUAGUCUCCUUCAAUUUUAUCAAUCUGGAAUUUUUAAUGAUCCUAAAUGCAGCUCGGAGAAGAUAAACCAUGCGGUCCUGGUGGUUGGGUACGGAUCAGUGGCUUCCCAAAAAUACUGGAUCAUCAAAAAUAGCUGGAGUGCCUCAUGGGGAGAAGAAGGUUACUUCCGUUUGGCAAAGGAUAUGAACCGUACCUGUGGAAUCAGUAACUACAGUGUUGUUCCCACAGUAUGAUUCCACCCUGCUCCUAGGUCCUUAAUGGGUGGGCUGUUUAAAUACUGAAGAGCUCAUGUGAAUCUCACCCUUACCUGCAGUGACGGUGCAGUGAAAUUAUAUGUAAAGCAAUCUACUGUAAUAAAGUUUUACAAAAUAAACUUGUUUACAUUUACAA